AUGGCCCCCGUCAGUAGCCCCUCUAGCCCCUACUGGCUAUGCAGCUCCCAGGCAGCCCUGCCUCCCCGGUCGCCCGUGCUCCUCCUGGCUCCAUCGUCGUUGCGGUCCCUGCCAGCCACCGUCGCCGUUGCGGUCCCCCUGCGGCCGCCGCUUGCUGGCUCUACUACUGCUGCACCUCCCAACCCCUGCACACUGCCUAUCCUAACCCUACCACUCUAUCUGGCCCCAUCGCUCAGCUCCCUGGCCCACCGCCCAUGCCCGACCGCUGCUCUGCCUGGCCCCGCCGCUCAGCUCCCUGGCCCGCUGCCUACGCUUGACUGUCGCUCCGCUCCCCGGCCACCGCUCCACCCAGCUUUUGCACCUGGCCCCUUUUUUCUGGCCAACCACUACCCAGCCACCAAAGCUCCACCAGGCCACCACCGGUGUGCCACCCACUAG